UCUCACUGCAAACGAAAGGAAAAGAAAGAUGGCGGAGUUUUAUCGCUGUGCAGUUGGUCCGCAGUUAUACCGAAUUUUCACGAGAAACAGUCGUCAGGUUAGCUUUGGGUGAAUGCAUUUUAUGACACUCUUACCUAUUUCAUAAUCCUCUGAGAUCUUUUCGUAAUAGUGGAUGUUUUUAUACUUUACCUCUCCAACUUUGAGCAUUUUUUUGGGUUGAGUGAGCUUAUUUUGUAUGCAUUGUGCUCUUUUCUCAUCUUCUUCUCGUUAUUAAACACAAAACAUGUUCUGUAAUAUAGAGUCGACCUUAUGAGGCAAACGGAUUGGAGCAUUGUGGAUCAGGAGUAAUUCGUGCUGUAAGUGUAAAAAUUAAUGUCUGGUAGUUCCCGUUUCUUUUUAGGCCUUUAUAAUAAAGGUCGUAAGAUAACCUCGUGAAGCUUCUUUUUCAAUUUAUCACUUUUUUAGGUUUUGUUAUUCGUGAUCUUGUUUUUUCCAUCUGGGUGCAGAAGCCUUGUAUUAGUACACCCUAAGUUUGUGAUAGUACCACAAGAGCCUAUGUUUUGGUUCCGUCAUGUCUCUUGCAUAAUUAAUCAUUCCACUUAUUAACUUACACAACCUGAGUUUUAAUUCCCAAAACCUUGAUUCUAGUCUUGUGACCCCUCAUUUAUUUAAUCAACUUUGCAUCUCCAUUUAUACCCCUGUUGCAGCUGCAUGUAACUGUAUAUUCAUUUGGGUAGGAAGGCCCUUUUGAAAAGCGAAAAAAACUCCAUUCAUUAGUCUGGCUUUCAGGACUUUUGGUUACUGUUUCUUUAUAGAGGGAAAAAAUUACUGAAUGCACAAGCAAAAUGACGAGUUCAUGCAACAGUGUGAAGAAUGUAUAUGUUGUCGUUAAUUUUUUAUCUCAGGUAAUUUUUCUUUUGUUUCAACUUCAUAAGCAUACAUCAUCAUACCCAAAAACAAAAGAAAAACAAAAAUUACCAAUUACCUGCGAUAAAAAAUUAACUACAGCAUAUACUCCAAAUGUAGAAUGCGGAAUGAGAAAAGAAUAUGAAUCUAUUUUAGUUAUUUUCUGUAUUAUUCUUGCUUGGAAUCCAUGGUAAAAGUAAUUACCUAAAAUCCAGAAAAUUACCAAGAAAUGUCGCGACUGUGAAAUUCACGAUUUGUGGCUAGAAGAUACUUUCAGAAAUGACCAGUAUUUGCGCUUUUUUUGUUCUUUGUUGUCAAACAUAUGACAUUAUUGUUAUCAUUGUUUUAAACUCAUCAUUUUGCUUGCACUCUUAUACCUGUUUUCCUCUCUAGAGCAAUGGUCCCCUUAAAGUAACAAAAGGCCAUUAGUCUAGUGAAAAGUUUAUUUCCUACCCUGCAAACAAUAAACAGGUAAUAGAAAAAUAUGGACUCAAAGCAAAGAUGUCUGGAAAAGCUGGGAUGUGGGCCUGCACAUUAUGAUACACAAAAUUUAUUAACACUGUGGAGCCCUAUUACAAUAAAAUUCCCACAAGCCACAUGGCCUUGAAACAGCAACAUAAACAGUAGAAGAGGUAACAAACAACACAAAGAUGGGUUGAAACUGAGAAAACGACAAUGGGAAACAUAUAAUAAUACAUAAAUACAUGUACAAUAGUAAAAAAAAGACAGGGGCAUGGCUUCCUCGACAAUACAUAAGAAAAAGAUGACAUAUAUACACCCCGCUCCCCCUGCCCCCAUGGGGACAUUAUGGAUGGUCAUGGUAGAUUACUUAAGAGAUUAAGUCCCACGAUCCAGAGUCCUUUAUUUUAUUAUAAGUGGAUUUUUUUUUUAAUUCAUAAAAAUUUCAGUAGAGUGCAAGUGAUAAAUGUUAUUAAUUUUAUUUGCAGCUGUCAUUAGCAUGGUCUGUUUGUUAUUCAACUUCACUGUUAACUGCACCUGCACUUGGAUUCUACCUUCUGCGAAAAGGUUUGUUAAAUUAUCAUUCACUUUAGUCGACAAUGGUCAUUGAAUAUAAGAAGGCAAGCCAUUUGACCCAGGCCAACCAUUUUAACAGGACACAAGCACAAACUUAAUAUUCUCUUUUGACUUACGUUUACAUUGCCUCUUACCGGUAGGUUUGUUAAGCCAUGCUGGUCUAGUCAGCUUGUCUAGGUUUAUUGGAACAGGACUAAUGAUUGUAUUUGGAGCAUUAUGUAUCAGAGGUAUGAUCUACAGAGAUAUAGUAGUUGCAGUCGACCAUGAUAAUUGGGAUUUUUUAAUUUUCUUCCCAGGGUGGGGAAUGGGGUGGCUACUGGACCAAUAUUUGUGUAGUUGAGCCCCUGAGGGAUUGAAACUCUGACCCUGUUUAGGACAAAAAAAAAUCCUAAAAUGUAUACCCUGUUUAGGAUAACACCCUAAAAAUUUUUUCCCAGUUUAGGGAGUACCCCUGCCUGCAGGAUUUUCUCAUACUGACUGUAAAUAAUGCUGUUAUGGUUCUUUAACUUAGGUUUGAGUUUAUUGUCUGCAGCUUCACAUUUUCAUUACUCUAGUAGUAGUAAGAAAAAGUAAUUAAAAGUCGAUGUAAUGUUUUUCUGCAAACGUUUUUGGUUUGUCCAAUGAAAUUAUGGUGAACUGUCCUUCUAAACAGGAAAAGAAAACUAUUUAGAGGCCUGAAUAUGACUGGUGAUCCCAACAUCUUAAAUAGUAUUGAUUUCGUUAUGUAUGUUUUUUACUAUUUGCAGGGUAUGGGCGCUUUAAGAAUCAAGAUUAUAGAGUAUUCUUAGCUCUUUUGGAAGAAACAAAAAUUGACAAUAGUGAAGAAAAUAAGGUUUGUUUAUGAAGUCAAAGAAUUAUAUUUUUGUUUGUUUGUUUGUUUUUUUUUUUUGCUAUUCGAUGAUCCGGGUACAUGUACAUUUACCUCCCAUGCAAAGUACCAUAAUUUUCAAGUUAAUGCUCUUAGUUUAAAGAUGAACAAAUUGCUCUCACACACAUCACAAUAGUCAAUAGUCAAAAAGUCAAAAUAAUGCCUACAAAUGUAGCAAAUCCAGCACUUCGGCUACUCAUUAUGUCAAUGAUAGUUGAAUCAUGUGAAUUUGUUGACUAAAUACAGUAAUAAGAAAAUAUCAUUGGGCCCCAGUUGUUCAAAAGCUGGAUAGCGCUAUCCAUCGGAUAAAUCUCUAUCCAGUGGAUAAGUAUUAGGGAAACCUAUUGCACUAUCCUCUAGACAGAGACUUAUCUGGUGGAUAGCACCAUCCACCUUUUGAACAACUGGGGCCUGGUUUUGUAGAAUGAUCAGUGUACCAUUAAAUUAACAGGUUUCUUUUUUUUAAGUUAUGUUGUGCAAGUUUUAAAGUCAGUUUGUAAGAUUCUCAGUUUCUAUUUGUCUCAGCCGGAUUAUAGCCAUGGCUUUACAAUGAAUUUAAUGAAAAUGUAGAUAAAAUGGUUUGAAAACUUAUAACCAGAAGGAAAAUGAAAUAUACAAAACACAUCAUUAUGUAAUAAUUUUUAUGAAAUAUGGGGUUAAGUAUGCUUUGCUGUCUUUUUUCAGAAAAAGCUAGGAUUAUAUGACUUCAGUUUUGGAGCCUGGCCAGUUGAUUACAAAUGGAAAGAAUCUAAAGCUAAGUAUGUUGACAGUACAGAGCUGAAGAUUUUGUUUUUAAACAUGCUGUCAAUUUCGAUUAUUUCCAAAUUCUUUAUGACUUUGAAGUUAGUCCACCACUGGUCCUCAAUUAGAGCACCACUUGUGGUGUGCUAGAAGUUCCAGUAUAUUAAUAGAGAUAUCGAUUGAUUGAUUGAGUGAUCGAUUGAUUGAUUGAUUGAUUGAUUGAUUGAUGUAUUAGUGGGACUUUCUUGCAGUCAAACAUUUUGUAAUAUUACUUGUUUUGGAGAUUUACAUGAUUAUAGCCUCUUGUGAACAAAAUACCCUGGAAUACAUUGUAGUUAAAAAAAAUUCUCUGAUGUAACCCAUUAAAAGGCGUCACCUAAGUUUCCUGCAUAAUUUCCCUGUUUAUUAUUACAUCAUUCCAUUAAACUGCAACAACUAUAUCUACUUUGGUUUUCUCUUCUCAAAAGCCGUAGCAUGUCUAGGGCAUCAGAAAGUAACACAUCUCAAACAAGACCUACUGGACCUUUGUCUUUCCUUGGAACCUGGCCUUGUGAUCUUCUAAGGUACCAAUUGUUUUUCUUAAGUAUCGUUCAAAUGCAUGUCCAGAUAUUUGCGACUCAUACAAUGUUAAUUUACACAAUUUUUUCAAGAGUACAAUAAUGUCACACUUUAUUGAGUUACCCAGAACGUUUUCUGGGAAUUAACCAUUAUUUUGAAGGAACGAGCACAGAAAUGCCAUGUUGAUGAUAUGUCACUAGCCAGAAAAUUUUCCUCAACCAAUCAGAAGUAUUACGCAGAUCUGGCUAGUGACACGUCAUCAAUAUGGAAUUUCAAUAAUCAUUCCUCAGAUUUCAUUUAGUGGGAAAAUCAGUGGUGGUGUCCCAAAUGCAGGCUGUUUUCUCAGGCUAAUUAUUACUUAGAAGAUGAUGAUUUAUUGAUUUUGAAUUAUAACAUAAUUAACUGCUUACUGGUCAAUUUCAGGUAUUUCGUAGCUCACACAGUUGGUCGACCACUUAUCUACCCUGGAUCCACUGGUCUUUUACAAAGUGGAUUUGGUAAUCCAAAAAUAAUAAUCUUGAAUGUUAUUUCUAUUGGGUUUAUUUCUAUAGUCAUCUCUAUAUUCGUUUUGCUAUCUGUAGAUAACACUUGGUACAGUUGUAGCUCUAAAUGUACAUCUUUAUUUAACAUUUUUACAUUUCGUCAAUUUGCAGGGGAAACCUUGUUGACAGGUAGAACGUACCUACUUGAACGUGUGAGUGAAAGCAAACUAUUUUUUUAAGAGCUGAAAAUACAUAGAGGAUAUUACACAGUGGCGCGAAGAUUUCGAGUGGCAAAACAAUAUUGCACGAGUGAGUAAAAUAUUGUUUUUGCCACGAGAAAAUAAAAUUCUUAUCUUCAAGCCACCGUGUAAUGUUCUUUUUAUUAUAUAGACAAAAUGACAUCGAUAAAACAAUAGAGGGAAAUUACCAAAAUUACGUCAUCGAUAAACUCACAUGUAAGAUUAUGGAAAAUAAACCACUCAGGUCCUGGAUGUAGUUUUUAUGAAAUUUACGAGUGGUUUAUUUUCCAGUAAAACACACGUGUCUAUAUAAUAAAUAUGUGUACUUCUAAAUAACUUGUAUGACCUCAUAAUUCCAUGAAAAUUAUACCCACUUUCAGGCCAUAAUGGGCAAAAUCUAUACCCAUGAGCCAUGUUCAGACCAAAAUUGGUUAAAAAACCAUACCCUUUUGGGCAGAACAUUCUAAUCAUGUAGUUUAAUAAUUAUAAGAGAGUACAGUUGUACCUGCAGGGGUUAUUAUAACUCAUUAAUUUUUACACUUCAAGACAUAUGCUUAUUAGAACAGGUGCAUAUAGGCAAAUCUAUUUUUUUGGGGGGUUUGUUUUUUGUUUUUUGCUAGACAUGGUUAGCAUUAUUUUUACGGUACAAUGCUCAACAAACUAAGGACACAUUUUAGACAUUUUUCUAUGUUUAAGUUGGGAAUAAUUCAAGCUUUUGUUUAACACAUCACAGAAUGGUAGAAGAGCUAAGCUAGAGACAGCGGAUGGCAAUGAGAUCGACACUAUGUUCAUGGACAAGAGAUCCCCCAGUGAAAAUAUUCAGGGAAAUGGCGAGAAUCUGGUAAUAUUCUAUAUUAAUAAUUCUACAGUGUGUUCUUUUUCUUCUGUUAGGGAGAACAGACCACAAAAAUUCGACUUUGUGGAAAAAGUACCAGCUACAAAGUACUCGUAUAAAUUAUUUGAAUCUGCUGGACAGACUGAAACAAGUGUAAAACCUGCAUCCCCUCAAAUGACACCCAAUAUUUCUGAAGCUCCCAAAUGGAAUACUGCCAACCAUUUGAUUUUCCAACUGGAGGUUUUAGUUUCCAUGUAAAUGGUUAGUAUUCAAGUUUUACCACAUAAGCGCUGCAUAAGGAAAUUUCUGGUUCAAAUCAACAGGUUAUUACCUGUGAAGGCAAUGCAGGAUUUUAUGAAGUUGGACUGAUGGUGACACCAUUAAAAGGUUGGUAACUUUGACUCAGGGUAACUGAUUAAAUUUUUUAUUAAGUUUCAUAUGUGUUAAGCAUCUACAUGUAUAUCUAAAAUGUUGUUAAAUAUGAGUUAGCGUACAUGUAAUAAACACCAUCAGAGGAGAAAGAAGAAAAACAUGUAACAAAAGGUCUUUCGCAUCCUCUUUAUCUUUUAGCUGGAUAUUCAGUAUUAGGCUGGAAUCACCCUGGUUUUGCUGGUAGCAGUGUAAGUUUGUUUAUUUAUUAUCAUUGUUUCAAAUAUUGUUUUCCUGUUUCUGAUUGGCUUUAAUCCCCCCACUAAUUAUUAACCAGCUGGCACUGACCAAAUUUGUAGAAGGUGCCUACAUGUACAUUAUACACACCCUUGUUCCAGGGGUCCAUGAUUAGAAAGAAAUAACCUGUACACACAGAUUGAGAAAGCUCCCAAGAUGUUUUAGUUUAUUUUUUUUUCUUUUUAUUCUCGGCGCUUCACACCUUACUAUAACACUUUGCACAAUGAACUAACCCAACUUGCCAUGCACAUUCAGUUGUUGUUAUCUACCAAGACUGUACGGUACGUUCUACCCUGGGUUCCAGAGAAUUUUUUCCUCGCCUAAGUCCUGAUAGUUUGUGGCAAAGACAACAUAAUGAUAAUAAAACUAAUAAUGCUGAUGAUGAUGAUGAAGAUGAUAACAAUGGUAAUGACUGUGUCAUUUACUGCUUUCAUUAUCAGCCUUCAAUUUUAUUUUUUAUUUUGUCAUUUAUUCCCCAUUUUUAGUUCCCUCUUUUUCGCCUAGAUCUGUGUUAUGCAAGGCUGUUCUCACUUGCAUGGUUUUGGAAAUAAAGAUAAUAACUAUAUCUUUAUUUCUUUUUUUUUUUAACUGUUAUUUUAUAGGGACUACCUAGCCCAGAAUCUGAGAAAAAUGCUGUAGAAGUUGUGAUACAAUAUGCCAUUGAAAAGCUGGGAUUUCCUGCCGAUAAAAUUAUUAUAUAUGCCUGGUCAAUAGGUAAGCCUUAAGACAGUUGAUUUACUUGCCUACUGAAUGAGAUCAGCAGCUUGUUUUCAUUACUCAUGGCUGCUAGUGUCUAGCAUUUAAACAUGAACUACCGAAGUGAUAGAAACAUCCAAACUUUACAGUAUCAACAAUUUCUGUUUCUGCAGACACUCUCUUUUAACAGAUGCUCAUUAUUGUCCAUUAAUAAUGAGAAGAAAGAAAUUCGUAAAAACGUCUACAUCAGAGAGAUUGCAUUAGCAUUCAUUUUGUAGUAAUUCUCUUUAUUAAGUCAAAAGAUAAAAACCACAUCUUAUGUACGCUGAAAGGCUUACUGUAUCACCAAUCCGGAGUGAAGGAAAUAUUAUUUGAUGCUGAGUAGACGAAUGCAUUAAUGCAGCAUCUCCAAGACCGCAAAACUGGCUUCGAGACAGAGAAUUAAAUUUAGAUUCAUGGGCAAUGUUAGAAUGGUACAUCUAACCAGAAAGACGAAAUCGACAAUACAAAGCCAAUUAACAGGGUUAAGAAUCUCAACUGGUAUGGGACGAGCCAGUUGGCUGUUAAUUUUUACAAGCGUGGCCGAGGAUUUGAACUCACGACUACCGAGAACAAAUCCAGCAACAGGUCAGAGUAUGACUUGAACUCAGGGCCUCUGAAUUGCAAGUCUAGCGCUCUAACCACUCGCCAGGCUUCCUCGUACCAAUUCUCAAUGCUAAUUUUAAAAAGAGACGUUAUAGCAGUAAAAAUUGUGAUGCUGGAAACCACGAAAUGUGUCUGUGAGUAAGAAACCGAAAAAGGGUCUGUCUUGGAGGCCAAACAUCAGCAAUUUUAUAUGAGGGCUCACUGUAGCAACAUAGCGACUGCAUUAACAUACAUAACAAAGAUAAAAGUUUGACUGAAAGUUUCUCCAAAGCUACUGAUAAUAGCCGAACGAGAAGGAGUGCUUGACAAAGCCCUACCAACAUCUGUGUGGGGGGCUAUACGUAUGGCAGCUUUGUUUACCGUGAUCUGUUUUUAUUUUAGGUGGUUAUCCCGCAGUCUGGGCAGCAAAAGUCUACCCACAGAUUGCAGGCAUGGUAAGAGAAAACAUUGAAUUUCCAGGGCAACAGACGGUUUUGAACUAUAGACACCCUAGAAACCACUUACACUGUAAGAUACGAAAAGGGGAUUGAAGCCGAAAUGCGUCCCGCCAUUGUCUCUGGCAUCGUUACUGGGCACGCGCCGGUCAGCUAUUGGUCAAUUUUUGUCGUGUCCCAGAAGUCUUUGCCAUAGUUAACUCAGUCCAGUCUCUUUUUCGUUUCUAAAUUGACGGUUUUUUGGAUUCUUAUUUUACUUAAACUUCAAUUUAAGAUCAUGAUAAAAAAUAAAUUUCCUCUACUUCGAAAAAUAUUCCCCAAAACUAAACUCCACAAUCAUUAUAACCUUAAAAGGAAGGGAGUGGGAAAGGAGUGAGAAAGUUUUUUCCGAUUUCUUAACUGAGUUCUAUCUGAACUAUGUGGAAUAAAAUCAUUGUUGCUGUUGAAAGGCAACCGUACUCGUUUUCAGGUGUUGUUGUUUCUCCGGUAUUUUGACUCAAAUAAAAGCAAUGAAUUUGAAUGCAGUUGCUAAGGACUUUACCAGGAAAACCAGACUGGACCGGUCCAGUUAGUUGCCGCAAUGGCUGAAUCCGCGAGCGGGUAAGAUGAAGCGAAUCCUGCAUUCUGAUUGGCUACCCGAGCGAGCACGCCCGCUCAGGAUUUCCCGCGUUGGCCCCGCAAGGAAAAGUUCUCUUUUUGGCCAUACAAUAAAACCUUUAUUACCAAGCUUGUUCAUUCAACUCAAUAAAAACGCAAAUGAAAACUUCGCCAAUAUCGACACUGAAAAUUAAAAAGAUCUGUUUCAGCCCCAAAGUGUCAAUUCAGCUCUGCAGGCCAAAGUCUGAUUCAGCCCUUCCUGGAACCUUUUGAGCACAAUUUAAGCCAAAACAGCUCAAUCAAAAGGCUAUUCCAGCCCACAGUAGGGCCCAUUUCAGCCCUAGCUAAUUGGACGUAUUGGCCCUGUUUUAAGGGAGCCAAAUUAGACUCAAAAAAAGGACUGUAUUUUACUCACCGAAACGGCCCUAUUUUUAGGGCUAAAACAGAUCUUUCUGAUUUAGAGUGGAGCCAUCAUGACUUCACGCGGAUCAUAAUACGUUUCUGGGAAACUGCCCACCUACCCCUCUCCUAGGCCAACGUUAACACUAAUUAGGGCAAAAUGUUGGCUUAGGAGCCCUUCACGCUUGGAUCCCCAAAAGUAAAGUGCCACAGGGAAUUCUAACGGGUUUUUUAUUGUCGUAAUAGGUUCUAAUGGUGACUGUUUUAUUAGACCAGUUCACCAUAAAACUGACCUUUAUUCGUUACUGUUUGCAGGUAUUAGAUGCUACAUUUGAUGACCUAGUUCCUUUAGCGCAAACUAAGAUGCCUGAAGCCAUAAGUGAGUCGAGUUGAAAACAAUUUUACAUUUGCCUUGUCUUGUUCUUUUGCCAUCCAAGCUUGAUAUAACUGUUCUUAUAUAUUAUAUUGUUAAGUCUUUUCUACUUCCGUGACUGGUCAAUUUUCAGUCCAUUACUUACUGUCCUUACUGAACUAACCAAAGUUUAAGCGGGAAAGAUCUAUCUCAACAAAAAUAAAGCCAUCACAAUGUAGUUUGAUUGUGAUUCGUUUCGUCUGCUUUUUUCAAUAACAAAAUUGUAGUUUUUAAGGCCUGUACUGUCAAUCCUCUGCCAGCGUCCUGUUUUUGUUUCACGGAAAGAAAGCCAUUAUAAUGAACAUCUUAUUAGCCUUGCUGUGUCGAUCCGUACGAUAAAUUGCUUGUCCAGGAUUGGCCUCGCUCGCUUCACCCUCAGCCAUUAAUCGCAGGAGACAACUUUGCCCGUGAUUUACAGUAACUAUGAGGUGCAUCUUUAGACACAUAUUUUCUACGCAAUCACAGAAACAAAGUACAUGUAUAUUUCCCACCGAAGCCCCUCCCCCUCCCCCUCUUCUGCCCCUCAUUCUACAUCUUCAUUGAAAUCCCUAUUUCCGGUUAAUUCGGUUGGGAAUACGACUUUUUGGGUCGUUCUAGCGGAAAAUUUCCGACAGCAACAGAACAUCCAAAAGGUAGUCCUGUAUUUCCGGACGGCAUGCUCCAAACGGAAAUUCGUGUGUCAUUUUUUCAAAGCCGCCCAUCUUUAAUGCAAGUUUCAGGCCUUCGCGGUCGUUUUUCGGUAAAUGGAACUGAUUUUACAAAUGGUAAACGCGAUUCUGGGACGAAAUUUACCAGUCCUGAAUUUUCCUUACCAUUUAUCCAAUCCGUAAACCGACCAGGUUGCCCAUUUAAAUGGUAAACAAGCCCCGUCUCUGGUUCAAUUCUAUCUUGUUGUUACUACUGCAUAGAAACACAACAGUCAGGGCAUUUUGCGUUUAUAACAGGACGGCGUACUCAAAUCUACCGGACUUUAACCUGAAAACAACCCAACCCACAAUCUUUGUUGUUGUUUGUUGUUGUUAGAAAACUUUUCUUUGCUUCUUUCCCUUGCGCUGUCUGAAUCUGCUCUCUUGCAUUUUGUUCAGGUAGUUUCACAACAAGGGUCGUAAAAGAAUAUUUUCAUCUGGAUAUUGCUCGCCUUCUCUGCAGGUAUUUUUUUAUUGUCGUUGCCUACUUAAUGACUUUAGUGGCUCUGUUGAUACUGUUCAGUGUUUUGCUUCCCCAUUGCCAACUUAAAGAGGCUGCGUCGUGGCUGUCUGUGUUAUUCCUAGUUUUUCGAUAUCGCCAAUUGCGUGUCCUUACUUGCUAUGGGUCUCAAAGUUAGUAAAGAAAAUACUGGAAAACAAUCGAAUCACAGCUUCGUGUCAAAACUAUUUGUUUCCCUAGCAUUAUCAAACAUUGUAAACAACAAAAUUGAACUCUGAGAAUCUCUUACGCUAACAAGCUUUCAAAAGCCACAUUCUCAGUCAGUUUUUGUCGUCUUCAGAAUUGUCCAUCCGUGAAGGUGACCCUGUUUUUUCACAAACCCUCCUGCUUUUCAUGAGCAAAUUGUUUCAUUGUCAUUCUAACAACCCCGUGAACAUGAUAAUUUACAAUUGAAAAACAGGCAGACAACUGUAAAAUGGCCUUUCAAGACAGGCCUCUUGUUGUAAACUUCGUUUGUCAUUCGCCACUUUAGAAACGAGAAGAAAACUCAUGAAAAAAGUGGGCUGAAGUUAAAUUGGGCAAAGACUCCAGAGACUGUUACUUGGGAUUGGCCAAUAGCUGACCGGCGCGUCCCCAGUAACGAUCCCAAAAAACAAUUGCGAGUCUCAUUUCGCCACCAGUCCCCUCUUAGUUUCUUAAAUGGCCUUUGAGCGACAUUUGCCUUAGUCAACUAUUACCAUUAAUCUGGUUACGUUAUUCGUAUUCCUAGCUACCCAGGUCCAGUGCUUUUAAUCAGACGCAUGAGAGAUGAGAUUAUCACUACUGAGUAAGCUUUUUCAUUUCUUCACUCACUCGUUUAUUUCUUUGUUGACGAACACUUGCUUCAAGAAUUGAAAAUGAACUUUAUAUUUGUUUCAGGGAAGGAGAAAUAAGCUCAAACCGUGGCAAUGAUUUGCUGUUGAAAUUUCUUAAGUUCAGGUAAUGAUCUAAGAUUGGUUUGAUUUGUUUGUUUUUUUGUCGCUAUUAUUUUUCUACUCUUUAUUCCAACAGUUUCCGGCCGUUAGCCUUGUCCAACUUUGGUGUGUGUUUAUAGGGAACAAACGUCAUUUUUCCAUAACAUUUUUAUCUCAUGUAUAUUGUUAAUUAACUUGAGCUUACUUGAUUAAAAAGGUCUUUUUCUCUCUUGCUCUUUCUCUCUUUUUUUUUUUUUGUUCUCGUUAGAUAUCCUAAUCUACUUGAUAGCGAUUGUGAAGACAUGUUACAAGAGUACCUUGCCGCCCCAGAUCAAGCUACUAAAAGUACGUUUUUGUAACGUUGAGGACUUCUGAUACCUUCUUUUAAUACCAAGUCAGACCGUGAAUUUUAUCUUCUUAUAUCCGUUAUUUACUGGAUGGAAUGGUUACCACUGUGAGGCCCUUAAACAUAACAAUCUACAUCAUGAGUAGGUUGAGUUUGAUCGUCCGAGUGAACGUAGUCCUGAAUAGGACUGUUGUUGUGGACAAUGACUGACGUUUCGAAAACCUCUGCGGUAGUCAUCUACAGUCAUCUUCACUCUGACUCUGAAGAUGACUACUGCACAGGUUGUCGAAACUGUCGAAACUUCAGUCACUGUCAACUAAUUCGUUUCCAUGUCUCUUGAUCGCGAGAACUCACAUUUUCUACAAGAGAAUUGUUUAGGGAAAAAGUUUAAGUAGAAGUUAAAUUCGGUUUCUUCUCGCGUCAUGUAUUAUUCUGUAUUUGUAUUUUUUUUAUUUAUCCGCGAUGUUUUGCCACAAUAAGAAUUCUUUCUCCGGUUUGCAGGAGCAAUUUGGGAUACACUUAACGUGGACAUCGAUUUGUGUCGAUCGAUGUACAAAAGUUACACCGAGGUGAACGGAAGAGAGUUCCCCAUGAUGAUAGGUAAGUCAGUGCGUUGGGGAGUCAUGGACACCUGUUAACUUACCGUCAGGGACAAGAGUAGCAGGGAAGUUGGCCUGCAGAACAGGCGUUAGUUUUUCGCGUUUUACAAGCAAGCGCCAAGCGAGCGAGCGAGGACUGGGAGAUACGCGCGACGUGGGAAGGCGUAGAAAAGAAAGGAAGGAAGGUGCCUUUCUCCGUCGCGCCUAUCUUUCGCUCUACGCCCGCCCGUUCGAGUCAGUUUGACGGAACAACCGGUCAACAGCGAACUGACCUAGCACGUUAUCGAAACGACUUAAGACGCUAGCGAACAGGGCUGAGUUGCUCAAAGGAUGGUUAUCUUUAACCAUUGGUUAAGCAGUAUCAAAACCAAUACGUUGUCAAGGUAUUAAACGCUGGUUAACGCUAACCAUGUUUCGAGCAACUGGGCCCAGGGCAUAGUUCUUCUAAAGGGGGAAAAGUCUAUAUUGGAUAAAUCUAUAUCUAGUCGAUAAAGCAAUUGGUCUCCCUAAUACUUAUCCGCCAAAUUGUGAUUUAUCCGCUAUCCAGCGUUCGAACAUCCGGUGUCAUGACGUUCGCGAAACGACCAGUCACCGAUAGUUCGUUAGCUAACAUUCCUAAGAGAAUGUAGAGCUACAGUCGAACCUCCAAUAACAGCCACCUCUCUACAACGGCCACAUUUUUUGUCCCGGCGGACAGUCCAUACAUUGGCUCUUGUUCAAACCUUAAGCCACUAAAGCAUGUCCCCAACUGCCAAAAUAACCUCUCAACUACGGCCAGUUUUUUCAGCGGCUGAUGAAAACGUCAAGAAUGGUCAUGAAAUUUGAACCGUAUUGCGCAUGAAUGACUAAUCGCACCAAUCGUAUUUUGAUUGUGUUACUGCUGCAGUAACCAUAAAUUGUCUACGACUCUUACAUGUAUGGCGAAUGCUACAAACCUUGCUCGUUUUGUCACGUUUUGAUUCAAAACGUUUUUCAAGUUUUUUUGUGUAUUUUAUCUCUAUAUAGUUAUUAUAUAUGAUUGAAUUACCACUAUGGGAUACAAUAAGCAUGAGCUUAGCACAAUAAACAUGUUGUACUCCCUAAAAAAUAUUGUCAUAUUACCCCCCAACCUCCCCAUAACGGCCUCUUUCUUUUGUCCCCAUGGUGACCGCUGUGGAGAGGUUCAACUGUAGUUUUUACGUGCAUAGCUUGUUUUCCCUCCCCGUUUUCCUCGUUUUAUCACAAAAUAGGACGAAUUUUCAAAGCAGCAUCUUUUUCAAGCAAAUAGUUUUAUUUUAUUUAUAUCUUGGUUUGUGUUCUGUGUCAUUCGUAAGAAUUAAUCGAUAAUUACAGUGGAACCUCGAUGUAUAUAACACACCUCUUGAUAACGAAGUCCUCGGCAAAACGAGCGAUAUUCUUCGCCCAUUAAUAGUAAUACAUAUUGAAAAGAACCGCGACAUAAAGGAAGCUCUUUAUAAGGUUUGUUUUAUCGAGUUCCCACUCUACUGAUGUAACCUGCACCGAAUGGAUGUUAAUGUAAGUCGCUCUUUGUUCGGCUCAGACUCGGAUCAUCUGACGAUGAAAACCUAUUCGCUAUUUUAAAAUGAGAAGGAAACUGGGGCGAGCUAACUUUCGCAAAGACCUCUGGGAUUGUUACUGCGGACGGGGGAAAAACUGAAUUGGACAAUAGCUGACCGGUGCGUUCCCAGGAACAAUUGGGGGCACAUUUCGGCUCCAGGUCACUUCUCGUUUCUAAAGUGGCGAAUGGACUGUUUACGUAUGUUAUACCCGAGACCGCCCUAUCACCACCCAAGUAUUAUGGAGCAUUGUUAUUGUUUUGUAUUAGCGGGGUAUCCAGUCUUGGUUUUAAAGCAAUAUGAUUCGCUUUAUAUUCGCCAGUUAAGUCCUUUGGCUGAUAUUCCCUCUUAGUUUUUCGGGAAAAGCGUUUCUUUAAAAAUUCCCGAAAGUCUUUCAUCUGAGCGAAGUAAAUUAUGAUGUUCAAUACAGGGUUUAGAUACCCUAUACUACCAGAACCAUAACGUAUCAUAUAGUCAGUUGAGAAAUCACGUUGUGGUUUAGCAAUCUGUGUAUAAGCUAUAUUGACUACAAAGAGAGAGAAGGGAAAAAUGAAGGCGAAUGUCAGUGCUACAAGAAGAGAGAUUCCUUUGAUUCUUGUGGCUCUUAAAUGAGCCUUGAACGCAUUGUUCAUAUUACAGGAAAUUUGUCCUUUACGCUUCACCCAUACAGUUCUGAUUAAAGAUACAUUAACGUAUAUUAUAAACACAGUGGGAAAUACGAACUGUAUUGGGAAGAGGAUGAGUGUUAGUUUGAAUGGAUAGAAAAGCUCAACAUUUCGGCAGAUGACAGUGUAAUGAGUGUCGUUAAGGUUGACUCGUAUUCCAUCGUACGUGGCUGCGGGAAACAACAUCACAAGAAUUCCUAAUAACCAUGCUGCUAUAAUCAUUUUCCGCACUGUCGAGGCACGAAAUGUUCGUGGGAUAGGGCGAGUUGACAAAUACUUCUCGAGACUUAUCACUACUAGAUUGUUGAUCGUGAUGACAGGAAAGACGAAGUUUAGGUAUCGAACUAUCUUACAAACCCACCCGCUUUGGAACACAUCUAACGACAUCUGCAGACAGACAAGUGGCAUAGACACCGCACAAGAAAGCAGGUCUGACAGGCAAAGACUUCUCACAUGCGUGUUCAGAUUCUUUGCAAAAGAGUUUGCCUGUAGUGGAUUUUUUCUCGGCUUUUUCCGCAAAAAGUAGAGGAUGAGACAGCAACCUACAAAUCCGAUCCCGCCAAAACAAGCCAGGAGGAAGCAGAGGACUUGUUUUGCCGCGUAUAGAGCAGGCGUAAAGACGUAAAUAGCGGAGUCGUUUGUUCCGGUAUCAUUGUUAAAAGCAGAUGAUUUGUUCCAAACCACAGUGUUAAGAAACCCUGAUGUUUGGUUGUUAUCCAUGUCUUCACAUCAACCUAUUUUGAGAGAAAACACACAAAGUGGAUUUCUUUCGAUUCCGAAGUUUAAAGAUACCUUCGGGGUUGUCUCACGCGCAAGUAAAGUAGCACGUUACGGUUAAACUGCAGUUACCAAAAAAAAAAAAACAGUAGGAGAAAAGCUUCUUAGUGUCGUCAUGGACGUCAAAAUCUCAUGGGCCUUGACUAUCUUAUUAAAAGGCUGAACCCUAGAAUAUGCCUAAGAGAGCAAAAACCUAGUACUUAUCCAUUGAGUGUAGGAAAAUUAUUUAUAAUGCCCUCGAAAAGCCAAUUCUGGAGUACUGUUGAACCUAGAAAGGCUCUUGAGACUACAGAAACGUGGUGCGAGAUUAAUUUUGCAUGCCACCUUAAAAACGCUGUAAAGCUUUUCGAUAAAUUAUCUUGGCUGCUCUCUCCUCUGUAGAGGCCUCUUUGUGUCGUGGGGGGUGGGGAGGCUGGGGAGAAGGACAAAAGAAAGCGCGCGGGGCAUUAAUGCGGGGCACGCCUUUUGCGUCUUCCCAACGUCACCCUCGCGUUAGCUAUUCUUGGAUUAUUACUAUUUGUUAUUGGGAUACUCAGUGAGAGCCGCUGUGGCUGCCAAUAAAUGACAUCAUACGGCGUGUAAGAAAACUUCUUAUGCUACAUAAAGUGAGUCAAGAUCACCGUACUCUCUGAAUAGGGUUUGUUUGUUUCCGUGUUGUUGUUUUUAGAAAAUACUCUUCAGAAAUAUUGUGUUGGAAGUUUUUGGAUUUCACAAUGGAAACGGAUUUUAAACAAUUGUUUUCGAGUUUAAAAAUGCAGUAGAAAUAUUGUUUGGUCUCAGAUUGUUUGUUGUUAUUGUUGUUGUUGUUUUUUUGUUGUUUCUUCAUAUUUCAACUAUCUUUCUUAAAACUAAAAGAGAUGUCACUUCAUCCGAGUUUUAGAAAUAUUCGGUUGAAAGUUUUUGGACAUCAAUAGAAAUAUCGUUUGGUCUCAGAUUGUUUAUUGUUGCUGUUGUUGUUGUUAUUGUUUUUUUUUUUGGAUGUAGACUGUCUCGCUUAAGAGUAAAAGAGAUAUGACGUCAUCCAAGUUUCAGUUUUAGAAACGUUAGUUGAAAAACAUUCCUCCUUUUUUAAGUUUAAAGUUGACGGGCAAAAAAAGCUAUCAUAGGAACUUGCGUUUUCAAAUGAAUGCAUUCAUCCUCAUUCUCUGUGAUUUUUCAUUUUUUAGGGAAGAAUUAUGAAAUCUGUGAGUUCAAAUUAUGAAAUAGAAGGAACUCGGAAUAAAACAACUGGUUUCGCAAUUUGAAGGAACACUUGCAUACUUUAAUACACAUAAAGAAAAAAAAGUUACUUCUCUGUCAGUUUUUCUGUAAAAGAUGUUUGAAAUGUUAGAGUUACAGUUAAAUAGAAGGUACUAGGAUAAAAAUAAGCGUUUUGCAAAUGGAUUUCCGUUUUUGGAAAAUCACCUGCAUGCUCGCGUACAAAAAAGCCCGUUGUUAGGUUUUCUACAAAAAUAAUUCUGAAAUCUGCUAAUGAAAAUUUACCAAGUAAACGGUACAAUUUCGUCCAGAAAAUGUAAGUACGCUAUCGUAUGUUAUGGACUACCGUGUAUUACUUACGUUUUUGAAGGCGGCCCACAAGAACACCAGAGUUAUGGACGAAAUACUCUGACCCCGCAGGUCGAACAGAAAAAAAUGAGCAGUCCCAUGAAAUGCGCAGCUCUAAUCUAGACCAAUCCUGUCUAGUCUCUGGCUCAUUUUCAAAACAAAGGUUUUGCACGUAGCUUCUUUUUGAAAAUGAGGGUUUUUUUGGAACCCGGAAUUGGCCUAUUGUCAACGCGCAACUGAUGAUGCGUUCAUCGAAUCAUGUUAUUGUACAAGACUUUGAACAAUUUCCUGACCACAAAACACCUAACCGGCAAUUUCCGCAACCCGAAGAAACACAUUAGGAUCAAGCUGGAACGCGUGCGUUACGUUUGCUGUUAACCUGUGUAGUUUGCGGGAUCAAAGUUCCACCUCGUUCAACCGGGAGAAAUUUGCCAAAGCUAGGAGAAGUAUCUUAAAUCUAAGGUUGUUUCUUUCACUGUACAAAGUUGAAUCCACUCCCAAUUCGCUGUUAAUUUACUUCACUUUUCGAAAGGUUAUUAGUAAAUGUUUUGUUUGAAAACUGAAACCGGUGUCACUCCCCGCGCCAUUUGUCAACAAAAAAGAGGCUUAUAAUCAGAGAAAGAUUCAAAGAGAGUCAAAACUACCAAUUCUUCUAAACAUCCUUGUCUUUUUAUUUAUUUAUUUAUUUAUUUAUUUAUUUAUUUAUUUGUUUAUUCUUUUACUAAAUGGUAAAUUAAACCCCACGUAAGAAAAAUCCGGGGUGGCACAGCUUUACUACAAAAAACGCCCGAGGAAAGAUAAAUCCCGCCAGCUACAAAGCCUACAUGUCGUUUACGGUAGCUGUCCUUGACUUCUCCUCGUCCAUUCAACUUCUAGAAAAUAUAUCCUAUAGCAAAAAAAAAAUAAAGUGCUGGUACGUGUACAUCUGUCGAUACAGCCUAAAACUUUAAAGCGGUGAGCGAAGAACCUGGUAAAGAGAAAUAACUGACAGCGAUUUGGUUAUGUAGAUUCGUUUCUAUUUUUUCCGUAUGCAAAGGAAAAAAAUGCGAAUAUCAGAAACAUUAACAACUCUAGAAGACCGCCUAUCGUUACUUUCGCUCCUAAUUUAGGGAGCGAGUUACCGAUUGAAAUGUGAUUUUUCUUUUUAAAAAUGCUGGGCUAGGUUUUAUGUGAAAUGUUUGAAUUUAUCCAUAUUAUUGUAAUUCCAUUUUCACUUUUUUAUAUAUCUGUUAGGCUGGUCAAUUGCUUUAAUUCUUUAACUUUUUCAUUCUUUCCUAUUUAUUAAAUUAGUUAUGCCAAACAUGAUGUAUCAACACGUAGUUAGGUCCUCAAAAUAGCGCGAUAUAAAUAAAAUAAGUAUUGGAUUAUCUUUUAGCAUCAAUAACUCUGAGAGGUUCUAACACUACCGUUAACUGGUAAUUGAAAAUUAGAUUUUCAACUCGUCACUCACUACUCAUAAUGACCAUGGAGGACUCAAUAAUCAGUGCCACUUUGAUUUAUUUCCGUAUUGUAACAUGCGCCUUUCAGUUGUCAAAACAGUUGUCACUCUGCACUGAUUUCAAAUUUUACACUGGGUACCAGACGUUUUUUUUUUUUCGCGUGCGGCAUGAUACUUCGGGUCGACACAUCUUCGGCCGAUGGACGAAGCCACGAUCAGGGUUGCCGAAGCAUGAUCCUUCGGGCCUACACAUCUUCGGCUGAUGGCCGAAGUUACGAUCAGGGUUGCCGAAACCGGAAACCGCGCAUGAAGACUCCCUGGCACCUGGGGCCUAGUUGUUCCAAGGCCGAUUAGCGCUAACCCAGGGUUAAAUUUUAAUCUAGGUUUCUUUUUUGUGUGUGUGCAAGUGUUUUUACAGAAGGUCUUCCGUUCUAGUAACCCAGUGAAUUUUUCUGUUGCUCUUAGGUCAAGAUCUUUCUGUGGAACAAAAGACUCAUCUUUUGAUGUUUCUGGUAAGAUACAUUGUUCGCAUUUUUAAAGCAUUUGAAGGGAGCUAUGUCACGAGGACAGUGCUGUUUAAGGUCAAUUCAUUGCUUAAGUCAUUAUUUAGAGCCAAUGUGGCAGCCAGUUACAGAAAACCGCGUGAUAUCAAAGAUCUUACAGAAAAAUAGCGGAUUGCCAACAGUCUAGUCUAGUGAAUAGGAAGCUUAAGCGAAGACGUUUUUGAGCUAUGCACGUCAACCGGAAGUGAGGCCUUCUAUAUAUAUGCCCAGUUCAGUUACCAGCGCCGUACAAACGACUUAUUGACGAGAUCAAGCAAAACUAACUACGAGAGAACGACUGGAGAACUGACAAUUUGACUAACAAUAGACGACUGACAACAGGCUGAUUUAGCAACAGAAUGGGAACGUCAGUUGACAACGGCGCGCGCAAAUCACACAACUGGCUUGACCAAUGGCAGAGCGGCAAAUUGGGCACCGGAAGUCGUGUUUAGCCCUUUCCGCGCGCUUUCCCGUCGCCAAAUGAGGUUCCCGUCCUGUUGCUAAAUCAGCCUAAUAGACGGAUCGAAACGCGCCAAUUACUGAUUACGAGUCUUCAUAGCCAAUAACAUCACGGCUUAACUGACAGACGACCAAUAACAUCGCAACGUAAUUGACCAAUCAGACCAAUAACCAGAGUAUAAUGCCAUCAACUGACGUGAUACAACUCACUUUGACUCUGAAGAUGACUACCGCACAGGUUGUCGAAACGUCAGUCACUGUCAACAACAACAGUCCUAUUCAGGACUACGUUCACCCGGACGAUCAAACUCAACCUACUUUUAGCCCGUGUACAGCUGUCCCCUCCCCUCAGAAAAAUUGGAGAAGGGGCGUUCUCCGAUUUUUCCUGAGGGAAGGGGGCGUCGGGCUGUAAACAGGCUAACUUUUUGUUGAUUUUCAUAGGUUUUGCAGUAUCUGAUGGAUUUUGAUGCCACUCAUUGCAUCUCACUGCCUGCCUCAGAAUUUCGUCUUCCAUGGGAUGAGCAGUAGUGGCUGCUAUUAUAGUUAACCCUUUUAAGUCCCAAGAGGGACCAAAAUCAAUUUUCUCCCCAUGUUUUACUGCGCAGUUAAGAGAAAAGGUGAUGAGAAUUAAUAUAGUUAUCACCUAAAAAAUUCUUUGCUCUUUUGCCAAAUUCUCCUAACUAACUAAGAUCAGUCUGGAGAAUUUGCAUGCGGAUACUGGGACUUAAAGGGGUAACAGGCUUCCUUCCACUCCGUGACAAACAAACCGAUAUGAUUGUUCCUAACCGCUUAGUAGCUCGCUUCUUUGUUCCUGACCUCCUAACUGCGCUCAGCUACAUGUCAUGUCUGGCAGCCCUUUAGGAACCAAGGAAACAAGGAUUUAUGACGGGUCGAGUUUUUUUGUCAGCUUAUGGCGACAAGUAGUCGACUGCGAGUAGACAGACCCUGUUUAGCCUCGUCCCCAGGCCAGUUGGCGCCUCCCGAGACCUGAGCAAAUUUUUUCGACAAGCUUGACAGGCGACGUGAAAUCCGAAAUCGCUGAGGACGGCUGGGAACGAGGCUGGGCGCUGUUCUUUUUAGCCCAUGAAGCGAAAUUCGCUCGAGAAAAAAAUGGCCAUGCGCUCGACUUUGGAGCAAGGUGCUCUAAAAUUUUAGUCUUAUCAACGUUGCAGAAAAAGAAGGGACUACUCGCAAACUAGACGAAUUACUUUUUGUCCCUUUUUUUUUAUGUAUAACUUUUAAUAGUUUUAAAUUAUUAUCGAGGCAGUCUCUCUUGCUUCUACUUAGCUGAAUUAACGAACAAAUGGAAACAUAGCCUGCGAAUACAUUCGUUGCCUCUGGUCGCCUUCUGCCGUUAGGAACAUUAGGCGAGCGAAAAACAGAUAAUUGGAUUGAAGAGAAAUUUGCGCAGUAUCGGGUCUUUACACUAGUCAAUCUUUAAAAAAGAUAUUUAAGAUUAUAGUAGAAAUCUUGUUUAAUCAUACUUCUUAGUGUUUUAUUUAACUCCAAUUAAUGUUAGCUUUUGUGGAAUUUGGUUGUGAAAAUUUACAUCAGUGGAGUUUUAAUAGACUACUUACUCAAAAAUAUAUACGUGAGUACAAUCUUAGAGCAAAUAAACUGAAAGUGAUGAAACAGUUA